AUGGCAUCAACGUCCACCAUCUUUCUCGUGCUCCGAAUCUACUGUAGAUCAGUUCGUACUAGAAUGAUGUGGUGGGACGAUUAUCUCCUCAUUAUAGGAUGGAUGUUCCUAAUGAUUGGGGUCUCACUCCAAACAGUCGUUUUCGGAUCUGGUUACCGAGUUACCACUCUGUCAGGGCCCAUCAUUACCCCCGCAAACUUGGCAUCCGACAAUGCAAUGAAGCUUUCCCUAGCUUUCAGCAAGACCUCAUUCGCCCUCACCCUGCUGAGAUUCACGACAGGAUGGUUGCGUCCUGUGAUUAUCCUGAUCACUUGCAUGACAGACAUAAUGUGCCUUGUGCACACAAUUUUGGUCUGGAGACCGACUUGUGGAGCUGAGAGCGCGUUCUCACUUGGUUCGUGCUGGUCAAUCAACAGCGGCAUCUGGAUGAAUAUGAUCGGGUCUAUUGUCUCCGCGGUGACAGAUUUCGGUCUAGCUCUGAUUCCAAUUUACUCAGUAUGGGACUUACAAAUGGUCAAACGGGAGAAAGCCGGCGUCGCGAUUGCUAUGAGUAUCGGUGUGCUGGCAGGAAUCGUUGCUGUUCUCAAAGCUGUGGAAGCUCUUGAAGUCACGAGAGUUGUCGGAACUGAGUUUUCUCGCCGGCUUGCCGUCUUGAGCAUUUGGAUUCACGCAGAACCCAAUGCGACGAUUGUUGCAGCCUCCAUACCGGUACUGAGAGUACUGAUACGGGAUGUUGCAAAAUCAUUUGCAUCCUACCAUCCCUCUGCUGCACACUACGUAAAAUCCGACGGAGUCUUUCAGAGUGCCAACCUCUCGAAUGUACGAGCAACAAGUAUCAACAGCGAUCAUGAUAGCGAGACAGUGAUUCUUCCUAUCUUCAAGCCAGGAACGGAAGCGGAUGAUCGAUAUCGAGCCGAGGGCCAGGAAGCUGUCGAACUUCGUAAGCUUCAUGCACACGUACCUUCGGGGUAG